CGCCCGGGCGGUGGCCGGAUGGAGAGGAAGGGUUCGGCAGCCGGGGCCAAGGGGAACCCGAGCCCGCCCGCGGCCGGAGAGGGGCAGCGGCCCCCGCCGCCGCUUUGCGCCCCGGGCGGCGGCGGGGCCCCAGCGCGGGGCCAGGCUGGGGCGGCGGCCGAGUCCGCAGAGCUCAUCCGGCGCGCGCACGAGUUCAAGAGCCAAGGGGCGCAGUGCUACAAGGACAAGAAAUUCCGCGAAGCCAUCGGCAAAUACCACCGGGCACUGCUGGAGCUGAAGGGGCUGCUGCCGCCCCCCGGGGAAAGGGAGCGGGACUCGCGCACGGCCUCCCCGGCCGGGACCCCCAAGCUCGGCCGCCUGUCGGACGAGCAGAGCAAGACGGUGGAGGCCAUCGAGGUGGACUGCUACAACAGCCUGGCAGCCUGCCUGCUCCAGGCUGAGCUGGUGAACUAUGAGCGAGUCAAGGAGUACUGCCUCAAGGUCCUGAAGAAGGAAGGGGAGAACUUCAAGGCCCUGUACCGGUCUGGCGUGGCGUUCUACCACCUCGGGGACUACGACAAAGCACUCUACUACCUGAAAGAGGCGAGGACCCGGCAGCCAACAGACACCAAUGUGAUUCGGUAUAUCCAGCUGACAGAGAUGAAGCUCAGCAGGUGCUCCCAGAGAGAGAAAGAAGCCAUGUAACCAGGAGGCCUCUCCAGAGCCAUGCCCUCGCCGGACCGGGGACAUCCAGGCACCUCCUGUGGAGAGCCCUCCCCAGGUCCCGCCCCUCCUCACUUCUCCCGUCUCCCCUUAUUCCUCCUGUUGUCCCCCAACUCUUCAUCUGCAUCCAGUGUGAAAAGAAGGAGAGAAGCACAUUUGGAAUCUGGUGGGGUACCCGGGCGAUGGAGACACCCUCUUCUUUAGAAGGUCAGCCAGUGACCGAGAGGGGCCUAACUUCUGCCUGGAAAUGCCAUCGCAGCUUUGACCUUGGCCAGCGCUUCUGACAGAGGCGGAGCCUGGCCGGUGCACCAUCUCAAAGGCAGCAGGCAUGGAGCCCGUGGCCUGGACCCUUCUACAGCUUUCUGACACACCAGAGCAUCUCAAGGCAUCUGAGACAAUCAGGCAUGGGACAGACACCGGAAGCAUUGGCUACGCCAACACAGAGACCAUGAACUGGUACCCUGGAGUUCCCCCCACCCCCCCAGUCACUUCAAGCCCUGCUGCCCCUCCCCCCAUUUGUCUUGGCUUGUGUGUUCUUCCCCCCACCUUGGGGAUCCGAGACUGCCAGGAUUCACAUGCCACCAAGCCCACUCUCAGUGCCCUCUGGUGACCACACAUACCAUUCCCGUGGCUCCCAGCCAGCAGGCAGCUGACUACAGCAGGGCAGGGUGGAGUGGGCUGCGAGCUGGGGCGGAGGAUCCACAUAGAUGAAGGGAGGGAGGUGUGGCUGGGGAAAGAGCAUAGCAUCGUACAGGCUGGAGGAUUUGACUGUGGACUCAUUAGGUGUAAAUAGAAAUAAAUUCGCAGACGCAUCCCUGUUGUGUCUGUUGGAAGCAGCCUUCUCCCUCUCUUUUACUCCCUCCCUCAACUCCCUCAAUCAGAGCUACUUAGAGCCAGGCAGGAUGGGGCCUCCCCCAAAGCAACUGGCCAUUUGUCCAGAGUUGACUGCAGCCUUUGUGCUUUUGAGAGUAGGCUGGGAUUGUGGAGACCGCCCAGAGGCUUGGUUUUGUGGGAACGUGUACAGCCUCUUGUUGAUGAAGUUAUCUGGACUGACUCUCUCGCAUGCAGAACGAGUUCAACAAAUAUUUGUUGAAUAAAUCGUGACUGCAGACUGGCUCUCCUGCCUUAAACUAAUCUUAUCCCAGUCGAGUCUCCUGAAAUCUAUGCUCUUUAUGCUAUGCCGUGUUGCUUCAGUUAAACAAGAAACAUUUACUGAGGGCUUUUUGUUUGCCCGUGGUUGUGCAAUUCGCUGUGGGACGUAGGAUGUAGUCCCAGUCUUCAAGGAGAUGGAAGAGUUGAGAAGUGAUUAUUACCAAUGACACCUUUGAUUUAUAUGAUGCUUAAAAAUUUUCAAAGCACUUUCCUGUAUUUUUCGUGUGAGUAGUGAAAAAGACAAUAUUGUACAAAACUAAACUAUAUACAGAUGCAAUAAUGUUCAUAGUUAGGAUUUAUUAAAUGCACUACCUUCAGAUCUUCACAUGGACAAUCUCAUUUCUUUCACGCAGUUGCUCUGUGGAUACGAUUCCCAUUUGAUGGACAAGAAAACGAAAAUGAACUACCCAGAGGGUGUAUGCCCUUGAAGUGGUGUCACUGGGAUUUGAAUCAGGGCUCCUUGACCCCAGAUCCCUCGCUGGCACCUUCUUCAUGCGUAUUAUGUGGGGCAGUUACAACUGCUGGAGAGCAGGACCAUGUGGAUGAGGUUGAAACGUGUUUUCCAUAUCAAUAGUAGCACCUGGGCCUCCUCAGUAUUUACCUACCCAAGGCAGGAAAAAAAAAAAAAACUAGAGACUUAGAAUCUCUAGUGUUCUCAGCAGACAGGCCAGGAAAAGACCGCGGAGACCCGGAAGAGAUUGCUGGGCAUUGUUCAUUGUCCGGACUGAGGGGCCAGGGCACAUUCUAACAGCCCGCCUAGCAUUCCUCGUCCCCAGCAUUGGGGAAGGAUCACAGUUAGAGGUAGAACCCAAAAGGAAACAGCCCCAGGUGGAAGUUAGUGACAGGUUAUUUGUUUCAACGGAGCUCCACCACUGCAGGACGCAGUUACUGCUGAGGGGCCCAGAAGCCAGCAGUGCAGGUUAUGUUUUGCACAACUCCCCAAGACUUCCAACAGGGCUGGCAGGAAGGGGCCAGAACCACGCAGGGAUCCGCAGUUGCUCACCUCUAGCUCACCCUCUGGAGAAGAGGAAAGGUGAAAAGCUCUUUCAUGGGUCACACUCUCCCCUGACUACCAUAUCACGCUCUCUGCCCUCUUCCUCCAGACGGCUUCACGUGGUCCCAAUGCAGAACUACCCUGAGGCCUAGCAUAGUCAAACGUGCAGAACUCCCGCAUCCCCAGGCCUCCUGCCCAGAAAGGCUGUUGGGGUUUGAAGGAUGGAGAUGAGGUCAGGGUGGCGACAGCACCCAUUCAGAUGCGCAGGUUCUUCCUUUGUCCUCCAGGCCUCAGCCAGGACUUGGGCUAACUUCCCACUGGGCGGCAGGAGAGGGGUCUUGCUCAAGUGAGUGUGCUAGGGCAGGGCUGGGCGGAUGGAGAUGAGAUUGUUGCCAUCCCAAGGAGGAAGCCUAAAGAUUGCAAGUAUGUGAGGACAACCUCCCAGAACCUCAGAGCACAGCACAGGCCGUCUGCUUGUCUGGGGACUUAGAGACACGAGCCUUUUGGGAUUCUAUUCACUGUGACCUGAACUUAAAGAAUCCCAAAAAAAAACGAGCUGCUUGGGGUACUGGCUGGUGUUGGGGUGACAGGGCUGAAUUCCCCGUGCAUUUGUCCAGCAGACCCUUCCGAGAGCUGCUAAGCAAAACCAAGUCCACUCACCUCCCCAGACCUUGCACUUGCUUCUCCACCCCUCCCAAACACUGGGCCUGUGGUUUAAUUACACGCUUUGCUUGCAGAUGGCACUGCUGAACUGUACAGACAGAGCACUAAUCAUGGACCUGACCUGCACUGUCACCUUCAGCCUGGACUUUUGUGAUAAACUGUUUGGGGGGAAAAUUAUACUUUUUGUUUAAUUAUCAUGUAACCUUCACGUGUGUGUUAUAGAACUUCUAGGGGAAAAAAUAAGAAAAAAGUCCAAAAUUCCAUCCAUAAUCCUGCCACCCAAGACAAAUAUUUUUAACCUUUCAGAUACAUCUUUUAGUUCUUUUUGAUAUAAACAUACACAUGCACAUGUGUUGUUAUUUUAAAAAUAAACUCGGUCAUAAUUACAUGUGCUCUUGAAUAACUUACAAAAAGGUGUAUUUGAGAAUAUAUUAUACAUGCAGAGAUUCAAAAUUCAAAACAUACAAAAAGCUCUAAUAUCAGGAAGAAAUCACCUCCCUGCCCUUUCUGCCAGGACCCAGUUUCACUCAUUUCUUGUAAGUCCUCCUGGAGCUGCUGAGACAUUUUUCAAAUACACAUAUUAUGUGUGUAUAGCUAUCCUUUUAAUGGUAGCGCACUGAGCACAUUUUUUGCUUCUGUUCCUUGGCUUAAUCGAUCGUGAAUACUUUCUGCGUGUCUCUCGGACUAUUCCAGAGGCACCUCCACUCUGAAUGGACCCUGGUCCCUUUGUAAUCAUUUCUCAGAUAGCAAUUAUUUCACUUAAUCCCAGUGUUGACAACACAUAAUAUUGUAACAGACAUUCUUGUAACUAAACUUUGCAUACAUUCCCAUUUCCUUAGGAUAAACUCCAAGAAGGAAUUUGCUAGACUAUGUUUAAAAAUUUUUAUAUGUGUUGCCAUCUGCCCUCUAGAAAGUUUGUACCCUAACACUGUCCUUGUAGGCCUGGGACUUGCCCUCUGUCCUAACCCUGGGUAUUGUCACCUAGCAAACUCUAACAAUUUCACAGCAAAAAUAAUAGUAUGUCAAUGAUAUUUCAGGUUGUUAUUUUAACUUUCGUUGACUACUAGUGAAUGACACUUUCAUAUGCUUGUUGACCAUUUGUAUUCUUUCUUUGUGAAUUUUCUAUUUCUUUGAUAUUGGUAUGUUUAUUAUCAAUUU